CCAUUAAUUAAAAGUAAUUAAUAGAAGUCUCAUUAAUUAAAAUUAAUUAUAAGAAAAAGUCCCAUUAAUAUUCCUAACUUUUAGCAACUUAUUCGCCGUCUAAUCUCCGACUUCCUGGAUUUUUUUCUGUCCUGUUUCGCAUUUUCUUCUUGUGUCCCUUUCCAGGUUUAGGUGGACCAGGCUCCAAUUUAUUUAUUUUCUUUUAUGUCUAUCUCUGCAUAGCUUGUUCAUCUUGUUGGGAAAGAUAUUAAAAGUAAUAGUGUACGAUAGAAACAUAGUGUUAAAACCGGUGUAAAGCAGACGGUGUAAACGUAUCGAAUGAAAAUCAAUCUUAAGUUGUUGAAUUUCGUAAUGAGGAUUGUGAACCGAGCUUGUCGAGAAGAAUAAGCAGAAAUGCUUUCCGUGUUUUAUAUGGCGGGAAAUCUGUGAACUUGGAAUUAAUAAUUCUCAUUGUUCCCGAUUAUUCUUAAGAGCUGCUAGCCGUGAAAAACCUCGACAUCUUAUUCAACAUACUUUGUUAAUGAAAACGUGAAGAUAAGUGCACUUGUUAUCUGAACACUCGUCAUGGAUGGGACGAACAUCGAAAGCAUCUUACCCGAGUUAAAAGAGGCUUUGGGAGAUCCGGAUUUUGGUAUCAGGGUGGAGGCUCUUCAGAUAUUAAUUUUAUCACUUUCACCUGAAAGUGGAAAUUCUGAGGAUGAAUGCUUAUUUCCGGUUGGCCCGGAAAAUUUGGAGGAAAAUUUCCUCGCUAUCGCACUUCCCGCUGCUCGACAAACUUACGUUAAGGUAAUCGAAGGAAUUAAAGCGAGCUUUCUUGAAGCUGUCGAGGGCGCUUUGGAGGCCGUGAAGGAGAAAUUAAAUCUAUGCGAGUCGAUUUUGGAUUUCUGCCAAAAAUCCGUGGAAUACGUAAAAGCUCUCGGAAAGAUAUCUGCAAGUAAAACGUAUUCCCUUCCUGUGAACAUCCUCGAAAUUCUGAAAAGCUCCUUCGAGUUAUGCAGAGACAACCGAGACUCGAAAGUACAGUCGGAGGCGUUAAUUGCAUUUUUCCGAAAAACCUGGGACCUCGUGAAGCUCUUUUUUAUUGUCAUCAACGAAAUCAUCACAUUCGACUGCCAAGUGCAUAAAGAAAGUGAAUUAUUGAUAAAGGUGGUUGACACAAUUGGCGAAAUUGCCUCAACAAUUAAUGGGAUCAACUUGAACACUCUGGCUGAAGUUUGGAAGGAAUUUGGGAGGCUUUCGUUAAUCCAUCGCGAGGAUAUAAAAAAGUUAUCGCCAUUUUGCGUAACUCUGCACUUUAAAUCCAUUGCAACGAACAUCGCGUCAUGUCUGCAAUCGACAUGUCAAGUAAAUAACGUCGAGGAUGUUUCUGGUUACCAGAAAACGGAGAAGACGAUAAAGUGCGCCGGGAUUUUGUUGAAAUUGUUAAAUAAAUUAUAUUCCGUGUACAGCGAGCAUUUGGACGAGGAGACGGUUUUAAUUUUCAUCAAGUCGUCUAGUGAAUUGUACAGGUGUUCUCCAAUUUGUUUAAAAUCAAUCGGAGUCAAUGUUCAUGUUGUGGAUGCGAUCUCAAAGUACAUCUGGAACGAGGUGAUAACUUUCUUGAAUAUAAUUACGAAGAAUGUUCUAUUCGAGGAGGCCUUUUGUAAAAACAGCGAGCAAUUGUUAAUUGAAAAUAGUCUCGGGUACCAUCUAUUAACAAUUGCCGUGAUGAAAAAAUUGAGGAAAAUGCCGAAAGGAGAAUACAAUAGAUGGAUGGAGGGAGCUAAGAUUAUAAAUAUUGCCUUUAACAACAUUAAUGCACUGGACGAGGAACUUUGCGCGGGGAGAGUGCGAAUCUUCGAUUGCGAAGACAAUGUUGAAGAACAAAAAAGCAUAACAAUUUACGAGGCUACUGUAAUUCCAAUUUGUUUAUUAAUCUACGAAUUACCAGCCGAGAAAUUCAACGCGAUCGAAUUGUUAUUGUCGAAACAAUUGUUGAGCGGAAAACUUUGGAGUUCGCUUUUGGCUUUGGAUGUCUGGUGCUUUGUCGGCAGCGUGAGUUCCUCCGAAUUGCGAUUCGAUCACGUGAGGUACUUGAUGAAGAUUUACCGGAAGUUACGCCAUCUUGAAAAUAGCCUCGAGGUCCUUAUUUUAGUGAAAUUGAUCAACCAAUUGUAUGGAUUACUUUCGGAAGGCUCGGAAUUACCGCUUAUGCGGAAUUUCCAGGAUUGCGACACGGAAUUUUGGGCGCCUUUGGCAAAAGUCUUACCGGAAGUGGCGAAAAGAAAUAUGUGGGAACCCACCUCGAGCGACAUUGCACAGAGCUUGUCGAACUUCCGGCAACACCCUUCGGUGUUUAAUUGGAAUCGCCUUAUUUUAGACUUGAAAAGAAUAGCUGUCGUUGGUAAUUGCCAAGAGGAGAAGACUAUCGAAGUGCUUUCGGAGAUUUGGAAGUGCAUCGAAGAGACACUAGAAGAGAGCGAAGGGGCUCAAAUGAACCUUCAGUCUGAAUUAAUUGUUGCUUUGUUAAACUCCACUAAACCAAAAAAUAGCACGAGUCAAGCCUUUUCCACGAUUCUGACCUCCAUGACAAUGUUGACUUCCUAUGCUCCGAGCAACGUGAAAAUAAAGAUCUCCCACUAUUUGUGCGACAAUUUCGAGAGUUUUACGGAUUGCGAGGGCAAGGUGGCGGAUUUAAUCGCAGACUUGUAUUAUCAGUUGUUAUCAGACCCCUGUCCUUGGGUCAAACAAGAAGCUCUGGAAAGCUUCGAUCGAGUUUCGCGGGUUUGUAAAAACGAGACCUUGAUCGUGAAAGUCUCCGACGUAGUCGCGAGAAAUCCCUCGAUUCGCGAUUUUGUUAUCCUCUAUUUGUCCAAUAAACAAUUUCACGGGUUUACGGAUAAUUGCCGAUCGGGGGAGAAUUAUGCCCGACUGUUGGCUAGGGAAUUUUCUUCCGUUGACACUAGACACCAGUGCAGGAAAAUCGGCGGGGAAAGGCUCGAGAAAAUGCCGAGACUUGAGAAUUUCCCGAAAUCGAACGCCUGCUUGGAUGUUAAUGAACGCGUUAAAAAAGUUAUCGCGGACCUCGAGGCGCUUUUGGAAAAGAGAAACGAGAUUUCCGAAAACUCUUGGGCGGAAUUGCGGGACAAGGCGCGGAAAGUAAUCGAAGCUAAAAGGCUUGAUAAUUAAAAAUCUUAAUAAGCAUAUUCCUAAUAUACGAGUUAUUUUCACCUAGUGGUUUUUUUGUUAAACGUUCAUUAAACCUUUUAUUGCCCUUUUUCGGUGUAUUACUUUUAAUCGUUUGAACUUCCGCCAUUUUUUUUUGUAUGUAUUGAUAAAUCCCGGAUUUCGGAGUACGAUGGAAACGUAGUGCUAUUUGUGAACGGGGAUUAGAUAAGAAUUUUAAUGUUACUAGGAAAUCACUAGUCGCUUUAAUACUUUGAAAAUGUAACUUAAAGUCUUCUGGUAAUUCAGAACAGUUUGCGACAUAACCUAUGUUUAGUUGAACCGAAGAUAUUAUGUUAAUAUAUUUAGUUUUGAAUGGAUAAAAAUAAAAUAAUUUUUUUGUUGGUUAA